AGGGAAGCCAGAGGAGAGAUAGCAUCAUCGAAGAAGAGAAACCUCCCUGUACUUAGUACACGCUUGUCGGGGGCCGUAGAUGCAGCGUCCCACAAGACGUUUUGUUUUUUGUUGCCGAGGAGAGGCUAAAAGGGAGCAAAGCUGGAAAUAAUGAGCAGAAAGUGGCGUGGGCUGCUGUACUGCGUUAUGUGGUACAGCAGCAUCGUGUCGGGUUUUCUGUUCAUCGCCUGUCCCCUGUUGCCGCUGCUGCUGAUCAAUCCACCGGCUUUCAGAAAAUGCGGCGAGCUCCUAUUCUGCUGCUGGGAGAUGUAUCCAGCUAUACUCAUGGAGGUUUUUGGAAUGAAAGUGGUGGUGUCGGGCGACCACGUGAGGCCGAACGACUCGGCGAUCCUCGUCAUGAAUCACCGGACCCGAGUCGAUUGGAACUUUUUGUGGGGAGCCAUUUAUCAGGCCUGCAUGCCCAGCGUUGCCGAGCACAAGCUCAAAUUCAUACUCAAGGAUCCGAUCAGGCACAUUCCCGGCCCAGGUUGGAUAAUGCAGAUGAACGGCUUCCUGUACAUAACCCGACAGUGGGAGGAGGACCAAGGCCGCCUGUCCCGGUCACUCGAUUACCUCGUGACGUUGCGCCGACGUAGCCAGUUGCUGAUCUUCCCCGAGGGCACGGACCUCACGGUCAGCAGCAAAGGUCGCUCGGAUCGGUUCGCGAAAUCUCGGGGCUUGCCACUGUACGAGCACACGCUGCAUCCCAAGACCACGGGCUUCAGUUACCUCGUGAGACACCUACGGGACGCGGACUACCUCGACGCGGUUUACGACCUGACGAUCGGCUACCCGGAUUUCGUUCCCCAAUCUGAGCUCGACAUGAUGAUAAAAGGCAAGGUGCCGAGCGAGGUGCACUUCAAGGUGCAACGGAUACCGAUCUCCGACAUACCGAGGGAUGAAACGGCUCUGAAAGCCUGGCUGGAGGAACGCUGGCUGCUGAAGGAACGAGAACUCGGGCAGUUUUACCGCGACAAGGCUUUUCCCGGCGAGCCCUGGCCCCAGUCUGCCCGACUGCCCCUCAGGAUAGCUCUCGUCUUCUGGACCUUUCUGUCCGGUCUGAUGCUAGUGAUGCUGCUCGUCUCGACCUUCUUCCAGAUAUGGACGCUGUGCUUCGCGCUGCUCUUCAUUGGCAUGUCCCUCUUCAGCACUGGCUUCAAUCAAAUCGAAAUGGCCUGGUACGACAAGUGGAAGGCCCUCGUCCUUGUGACCGACCGGCGCAAGCUCGAGUGAACUCUAUACAAAAGUACUCUGUUGUUCUUGUGUAUCAUCACUCUCCUUCUUUUCCACCUCUUCUGUACUAACUGCAAUCAAUGUCUCCAAAAAAAGAUUAUUAUCGAUGCGUACGUACGAAGAAGACGGUAGUUUUAAGUGCGAUCGGUAACUUAUAUAUACACGUAUUGUAUGAGUUUACAUUUUUCUUGUCUCGCAUGACAAUGAUUUGAUAUGGAAAGGAGGAGGAGGACUCGUUUUUGGAUGUGCAUCUUGAUGUUUCCUAAACUCCUAUUAUAUGCAAACAGUCAAUAUAUAAUCAUUUAUUAGAUUGUUAAUGUUAUUGUUGUUGUUGUUGUUGGUGUUUGAAUACGAGAAGAGAAAAAAUUAAUCGACUGGAAAGUCAACGAUUUUUUUUUCAACUUGGGUAAAUAUAUAAUAUGCGUGUUGUGUACACAAGGCAGACGUGAAAAAAAUAAAUGUCAGUGCUUUUUAGGGGAUUUCAAAACACGACCGAGAAUAAUUUCAAAUAAUUUCGUCGUCAGUUCGAUGGCUGAAUGUUUCUAUCUUAACUGUAAUAACUAUAUAUAAAUGUGUUAAAUCAAAGCAAGAAUCGUAAUAUUUACAAACUGAUCUCAAGAAAAUAUUUUAUUAACGUGAAUUUUUCUUUUCCACCAAUGAACAAAUAUUUUUCUAAUUAAUUAUAAUGAUAUGUAAAUCAAAGUUCUAAUAUCACAUUGACGAAGUUUAUCGAACAAUUAUAGGUAUUUUUUUAAUUCGAGAAUUUAUCAACAAAGUAUACUAAUACAUGCAUACGGAGAGUAUAUAUUGUUCAAGCAGAGGAUAUAUGAUACGUUUUCAAUAUUUUCGAAUGAUUUAAGAAUACGAUAUUUUUCUACAGAGUAAGCGACCGUCGAACUCUGAAAAUAAUAUUUUGUGUACCAAGUACUUAUUAACUUUUAAAAUUGUAGCCUCAUCAAAGAAUUAUCGACGUAGUAUCGUUUUUCAAGUUUUAUUAUAGAAAAACUGUGGAAUUGUCUUAUCAACUUGUUGUUGGUCAUCUGUAGAACACACUGUGAGAAAAAUAAAUUAAACAUUGUAAAAGUAGCGCGUAAAAAUUAAGUACAAAUUUACAAAGGUACAUCACUUAGUAUUAAUUUAAUUUAAAAAGUUAAACGCAAAGCGAAUAAAUUGUAUGUAACUGAAAUAACGUUGAAAUGUUGAUCAGAUAAGUGUAUAAUUAAUUGAUUACGAGAAUGUAUGUGAAUUAUGCAUUAUCAUUUGUUAAUAUAAAAAGUCAUCGACUUUUUUUGUUGAAAUUUUAAAGUCUAAUAAACGCGUGGUUUAGUUAAUCGUGAAAAGUGUUAAAUACUAUGUAUUAAUUACAAUUAAGAAAACAAACUGAGCAAAACUUAGAUUUGUGAUUUUAGUACUCUAAAUAAAAAUUUUCAUUGUUUGAUCGUAUUGAUAUAAAAAUAAGGGCAAACAAUGAAAUAUUAAAAAAAAAA